UUGCCUUGUCCAGCCACGAGUAGAGAUAACAGAAUCUGUGGCUUGAGACAGUCAAGGGUCUCUCUGUUCCUUUGCGGUAAGCUCAUCGCGGCGACGGCGACGGUGACGGUGACGGUGAGAAGCUCUCGAUGGCCGGCAAUGUCGACGGUGGAGAAGUCCGAAACAAACAGGUGUUACUCAAGGACUUCGUCUCUGGCUUUCCCAACGAGUCCGACAUGCCCUUCACUACUUCCUCUGUCAGUUUGAAGCUUCCGGAAGGUUCCAGUGACGUUUUAGUGAAGAAUCUCUAUCUUUCUUGUGAUCCCUACAUGCGAAACCGUAUGUCCAAACCAUUACGUCCUUCAUAUGUCGAUUCCUUCCAGCCUGGUUCGCCAAUAAUCGGAUUAGGGGUUUCAAAAGUCAUUGAUUCUGGGAAUCAAAACUUCAGAGAAGGUGAUCUAGUCUGGGGAAUGACUGGUUGGGAAGAAUAUAGUGUGAUCAGUUCGACAGAGUCUCUGUUUAAGAUACAACACACAGAUCUGCCUCUGUCCUAUUAUACUGGAAUACUUGGUAUGCCUGGUAUGACAGCUUAUACGGGAUUUUAUGAAAUUUGUGCCCCCAAGAAAGGGGAGACUGUGUUUGUAUCAGCUGCAGCUGGAGCUGUGGGUCAGCUUGUUGGGCAGUUUGCUAAGCUGAUGGGUUGUUAUGUUGUUGGAAGUGCGGGAAGUAAAGGAAAGGUUGACUUGCUCAAAAACAAGCUUGGAUUUGAUGAGGCUUUCAACUACAAAGAAGAACCCAACUUGGAUGCUGCUUUGACAAGGCAUUUUCCAGAGGGAAUUGAUAUAUACUUUGACAACGUCGGAGGGAAGAUGCUGGAUGCAGUGUUGCUCAACAUGAGGAUCCAUGGCAGAAUCGCUGUGUGUGGAAUGAUUUCACAGUACAACCUUGAUAAUCCAGAAGGUGUACACAAUCUGUUCAAUCUUGUGAGCAAACGGAUUCGCAUGGAAGGGUUUCUGGUUACUGAAUAUUACCAUCUUUACCCCAAGUUCUUGGAGAAAGUGAUUCCCUUCAUCAAACAGGGCAAGAUUGUUUAUGUGGAGGACGUCGUUGAAGGCCUCGAGAAUGCCCCUUCAGCUCUCAUUGGCCUCUUUCAUGGCCGCAACGUUGGAAAACAACUGGUGGUGGUCGAUCCAGAAUGAUUUCGUACCAGUCAGGGGCCUUUGCUUGGAGGCAACUCAUUCUGUUGAAAUGCCGAUAAAUUUCUACCGUCGGAGUUUGGUAACUCUCAAGAACACCUUAAAAAAUGUUUUCAUGCAAAUCAAAACAGAAUAUUUUUCACUUAGUUAAAUUGCUUGGCACAAAAAUGAGAAGGAUCUAAAUUUUCUUUCUCUCCCUCUUUCAAUUUCCUCAAAAAAUCCCACAUGAUGCAGUAAGAACCCAUAGUCCCAUGCACUGCCUAGAAUAAAAUAUACACGGGUUCUGACUGCUAGGAAUGUAAAGUUCUGCAGAACAUUCCACGGAUUCCCUAUAUUUAAAUAAAAAAAUCCCAACUAGUUGAUUUUAAAGUUUAAA